CUUUUAAAUAUUAUCUGAUUGAUUAUCAUCGUGCAAUUCAAAUAUGAAAUGAACAAACUAUAAAUAAAAGUCAGUCGCUGCACAAACACAACCAGUAGUGCCUUCUUAAAAAUUGUUUAAAACACGCGUCAGUAUGAAAGGCAUAGCGCUGUUGCUCCUCUGCAUAGCUGCAGCUCAAGCGAGCCCGAUUUGCACUAUAGAUAUGGUUGGUGUUAUGUUACCUCAUCCAAAGUGCGACCAUUUUUAUACGUGUUUCUUUGGCAGUACAGCGGAACAAUACUGCGGAGACGGUCUCCUAUUUAAUCCUGAACUUCAAGUAUGUGACUGGCCUUUCAAUGUAGACUGCGGUGAUCGAAUUGUUCCCCCUACAAAAUUAAUCGCUGAGAAAACGACAAAAAUAGACAAUCGAUCUCCUGCUGAAAUUUGUGCGGAAGAGGGUUCUGAAGGUCUAAUUCUCGACCAUGAAUAUUGCGACAAAUACUACAAGUGUAAUAAUGGUAAACCCGUUACCAUGCCUUGCCCACCUAAUCUUCUGUGGUCUCAUGUGUUUUGUUACUGGGCCGAUCGAGUAGACUGUGGUGACAGAAUUAGACCAGAGGGCUUCGAUCAAGAACCCGAUGAUGGAGUAAACGACAAUUUAACCCCAGCUGAGAUCUUCUGCAACCAGCUAGGUACUUGGAAUGUUAUAUUCGCACAUGAAAAUUGCAAUCAAUAUUAUCAAUGCAUUUUUGGAAAACCUAUAGUAUUGUCUUGUCCGGCAAAUCUAUUCUACGACCUAGAAAAGCAUAUUUGUGAUUGGCCUGAAAAUGUCAACUGUGAUAACCGAAUUAAACCAGAUGGUAUAAGCAGUGGUAACCCUAACGACGAUGAUAAAGUCUCCGAGCAAGUAUCUGGAGGAAACAGCGAUCCUAGCCAAGCUCCUGCCAUCUGUGCCGCUGAAGAUUCAGACGGCAUUUUGGUUGCUCAUGAAAAUUGCAAUCAAUUCUACAAAUGCUCCGAAGGAAAGCCUGCAGCAUUGGAUUGUCCGCAAAAUCUUCUCUACAAUCCAGAAAAGGAAUAUUGUGACUGGGAAUGGAACGUCGACUGUGGCAACCGUAUUAAACCAGAUGACGUAAGCAAUGGAAACUCUAACGAAGACCCCGACCAAGGAUCUGGAGGAAACAGCGAUCCUAGCCAAGCCCCUGCCAUCUGCGCCGCUGAAAAUUCAGAUGGCAUUUUGGUCGCUCAUGAAAAUUGCAAUCAAUUCUAUAAAUGCUCCGAAGGAAAGCCUGCAGCAUUGGAUUGUCCGCAAAAUCUUCUUUACAAUCCAGAAAAGGAAUAUUGUGAUUGGCCUUGGAAUGUUGACUGUGGCAACAGAGUUAUUCCUAGUGAAUAGUAGAUGAGAAGAGAAUCAGCCAAUACGUUCGGUCCUAAUCUUAUAGUGAAAUUUUGCGGCUGAAAAUUCUGUAGGUUUGAUUUUUUCUCAGGAAUAUUGCGACCAAUUCUACAUUUGCAAUCAUGGCCAACCCGUUACCAUGCAAAGGCCACCUGUUUUGUAAAGUUGCUGCUUUUGUAAACUGUGGAAAUAGAAUUAUAGCAGAUAAUUAUGUUGGUGGAAAUCACAAAAAAAUAUAAAAUGUAAUACUUUUUUUAAUUUAGAAUUUUAAUAGCAUAGGUAAUUGAUAUUACUUUUAAUUUCAUCGUUUUUUGAUGUUUUCAGUUAAUUGUAUAUAUGUUUUUGUAUAAUAUUUGAUUAAUAAAUAUUUUUUUAAAUAAAA